UUUUACUGAAUAAAAAUGAUGCCAUACAAAUGGAGGAAGGCUAAGCGAGCUUCAUUCUCAUUCAUGGCUCCUUCCCUCUCAUCUCUCCUUCACUCUCACUCUCUUUUCUCUUUCCCCAAUUCUAACCCUAAAUUAACUCACAGUCACAACUUCCCUUCCCGACCCUCCCCACGUACCCUGACCUUCCGCUCUGGUUCCAACCCCAACCCAUCCCCUACCUCCGGCACCGACGAGUCAUCGCCUUCUCCGCCACCAUUGCCUCCUCCGCCGCCUGCCAGAAGGUCCUUUGCUGUUGCCACCGGAGAACUUUUCUUGGGAUUGGCCUCGCGGCUCAUUAACAAGCCCAGCCGUGGCCCAAAUGGCGAAGAGGUGGCCUCGGUUGCUAUGUUCGAGAAUUAUGGCAGUACGGUUUGGAGUAAGAAGGAGAGGAUUGGGGCGGUCAUUGAGGAUGAGAUUGAGCCUGAUGUAGUGUGGGAGCAGAGCGUGAAGGACGUCGAGGCUGAGAAGCAGCGGUGCGUGGUUACCAGUCCCGGGUUCAGCUUCUCCGCCGCGGGACUUCUCUUCCCUUACCACCUUGGGGUUGCUCAGUUUCUCAUAGAAAAUGGGUACAUUAAGGAGAGCACUCCAUUAGCUGGUUCCUCAGCUGGGGCCAUUGUUUGUGCGGUGAUUGCCUCUGGAGCCAGUAUGGAUGAGGCAUUGAACGCUACUAAGAUACUGGCUGAAGACUGUCGGAGCAAAGGGACAGCAUUUCGGCUUGGGGCUGUCCUUCGAGAUGUUCUCGACAAGUUUCUGCCAGAGGAUGUGCACAUAAGAUCUAAUGGACGUGUUCGUGUUGCUGUAACCCAGAUUCUCUGGAGGCCCAGAGGAUUAUUAGUGGAUAAGUUUGACUCCAAAGAAGAUCUUAUUAAUGCAGUUUUUACUUCUUCCUUCAUUCCAGGAUAUCUUGCACCUAGACCAGCAACAUUUUUCCGUAAUCGACUUUGCAUUGAUGGGGGUUUAACCUUAUUUAUGCCUCCAACAUCUGCAAAACAGACGAUUCGCGUAUGUGCUUUCCCAGCCAGCCGCUUAGGAUUGGAAGGAAUUGGGAUCAGCCCAGAUUGCAAUCCUGAAAAUAAGACUACCCCUCGGGAGCUUUUCAAUUGGGCACUUGAGCCAGCAGAAGAUCAUAUUCUCGAUAGGCUAUUUGAAUUUGGAUACCGAGAUGCAGCAAUAUGGGCUAAGGAGAAUCCAGCUAAUGAAUUAGUUAAAGAUGGCAGCCCCGUAGUGCAAAAUGGUUUAGUUUAGCACAAUAAUUUAUAAUAAAGAGUUCCAUUUUGACCUAAAAGAUAACAUUGUGGAAUAGUCGUCACCUCACCUCUGGGGCUGGGAUGCUGCCAUAUAGUCUUCAGUAUCAGGUCAGGUAAUAGAAAUUUUCUGUUUUCAUUUGAAGCCAUAGUAUUUAAUUUGAUUGUACAUGGCUUGAACCAAAAUGUGAUAUGACGGAUAAACCAAACCACAGUAUAUUGUAUAGAGGACUGGAUAAUUCUUUAUUUCUUUGUAAAGUACACUAGCUAUAAGUGAAGGGAAAAAAGAAUAAGAAAAAGAAUAACGAGUAAGCUAUGAAUUUUUUCAUUGUUA